CCGGCCAUUAUUACGCUUGGGUCAAAGGGGCUGCCAUGUAUCGCCAUGGCGCACGGAUCCAUGAUAUCGAUGCGGCCUUCGAUCCAGUUCCUCGCAGCCGCCGCCGCCGUCUCGCGGCCUCCGAUCCAGUUCGUCGUGGCCGCCGCCACCGUCGUCGCAGCCUCCAAUCCAGUUCGCUCUGCGUCCGAUCCAGUUCGUCGCGGCGACGACCGCCACCACCACCUCCGUUAUCGCCGCUGUCGUCACCAUCUCCACACGCGAGAAGUUGCCUUACCUCAAAUUCCUUAAUGAUAUCUUGUUUUUCGAUCUAUGACUAUGAGUAUGCAUCACAUCCAUUCCGUAUUUUCGUUGGACACCAACCAACCGCAUCCAUGCCUGCAGCCCAAUCCAAAAUUUUUGUUUCUCAAAUUAUUUUUUUGACAGAUUGUUUCCAGCCUCCGUAUGUCCCAAAUUAUUUUUCCAUCAGAUUGUUUCUUUUUGUAAAAUGUCCAUUUAGUUUGAUGGCUAUGUUUCUCCAUCAAUUCCAUUGUUGUUUUGCAGGGAAAAUGGCUCCACGGCCGCCUCCACGUGUGCCUCGCCGAACAGUUGCUGAAAUAGAUAGAGAAUUUGAUGAGCUUUGCUCUGCUUUAUCCAAUGAUCCAAGGGACCAAAUGACCUCCGGUGCAGGUUUAUACAUUCAGCACCACCAAAUAUUUCUCUGCGUAAAAAUUUACAAAAUGCCUACUUUUGUGUCUACAGGUCAAAUAGCUACCAGGUUACGUUCACAUAGCUCUCAACCUGACAAUGCGUGUGAUCAAGUGGAUUCAGAUGUGGCCAUGGACGAAAAUAAUCAAAUAAAUGCUGCAGCACACAACACUAAAGGCCCUGUUAAGAGUGGUAGAAAAGUUACAAUUAACGAUCAACUUCGCAAGAGAAGAGCGAAAGGAAGGCAUAUUGACAUAAAGUUCCCUAAAGAAUUUGCAAAAGUGUGUGGAGAACAUGCUAGUUUAUUUAAAAGUGAGAUAACAGUUCUUGUAAGAACUAUACCACUCCAAGUGAAGAAGUGGAAGGAAAUGGAUGAGUUUCAUCCUGGUACUACUACAUCAGUUUGGAAAAAACUGAAGGAAAAGUUCCCUGAGCUUUCAGAAGAAGAUAAAGAUUGUGCCAUGAGACAAGUAGAGAGUCAGUACAAUAAUCGGCGUUAUCGUCUACUUCAAGCUUACCGAAACAAGAAGCCAAGGCCACAACAUGUCUCACCAGAAGGUUGGCAAUGGUUGAUAAGGAAUUUAUGGACGGAUGAUGAUUUUCAGAAAAGGAGCAACCAAAACUCUAUGAAUAGAGCAAAGCAAGAAAUGGGGUCCAAAGUAGGAACUAGAUCAAUUGCUCAAAUCUCUUAUGAACUGCGAAACCCAGAAACUGGUGAAUGGCCUACUGCUAUGCAAGUUUGGAGGGCUACAUAUCAAAAGGCUGAUGGGACAUGGUCUAUUCCAACGGGUGAAGAAAUAAUGACCAAACUAGAUGAAGCUGCUGGGAUACAUCAAGAAAAGAUUUCAUCUGCGCCCAUACCAAUAGUGGAGCACUUUGCACUAGUUCUUGGUAGAAAGCCAAACCACUCACGUGGUGUUGGCAUUCGUGCUGUAAACAAAGUGGCUGAGGAAAGAAUGAGAUUGCAGGCGCAAGUUGAGGCUUCUGAACAGCGUGAAGCUGCAGCACGAGCACGUGCAGAUGCUGCUGAGCAACGUGCUAAGGCUGCUGAGCAACGAGCACAAGCUUUGGAAGGUCAAGUUUCCACGGUGGUUGAAACAAAUGCACAACUUCAAGAAGAGCAGCAAUCCCAUCGUGAUGCACUGAGUUCUUUGCGUCAAGCACAGAGUGGAGAAGUUGCUCGCCUAGUGAGAGAACAACUUGAUCAACAAAUGGCUGAAUUAGUUGCACGCAUACAUUCUGGUGCCUCGCAGCCUCCAGCAUCUUAGAGUUUAGACCCUUUAGUUGAAUAAUUAUUGUGAGACUUUAAAGUAGUGUCAAGAGAGUUAUUUUGAGAGUUCCAAGUGUUAUAACAUUUUAUGUAUUGUUCGAUCGCAACAAUAUCAUGGUUAAAGAAUCAUUGAAAUAAAUAUUAUUGGUCUACAGUUGUGAGAAUUGUAUUA